UUCACUCAAGAAGGUGGCAUCACAUGCUGGAGCAGCAUCUGUCUGCUGGCGAAAGGUAACCGGAGACCUGUCGGGACGUUUAGGAGAAGUUCCUCAUGAGUUUCCUCUCUCACUCUGAAGGUCUGGGCUUCAGCAGCCAACUGAUCAUCUUCUACUUUCUACUGUAUUACACUGUCAUCCUGGCCUGGACCUUCUUCUACCUCUUCUCCUCCUUCAGUGCAACACUUCCAUGGAGCAGGUGUAACAACACAUGGAACACAGAUCGCUGCUCUGACUACGGAGGAAACUUCACCUUGGAGAGCAAUGCGACGUCUGCCAGCACAGAAUUCUGGCUGAGGCGAGUGCUGAGGCUGUCCGGAGGAAUAGAGGAGAUGGGGGAGGUCCACUGGGAGCUGGCUGGCUGUCUGCUGCUGAGCUGGAUCCUCUCCUACUUCUGCGUCUGGAAGGGAGUCAAGACCUCCGGCAAGGUCGUCUAUUUCACCGCAACGUUCCCGUAUUUAAUGCUGAUGGUGCUGCUGAUCCGAGGACUGACGCUCCCUGGAGCUGUGGAUGGACUCGUAUUUUAUCUGUACCCAGAGCCAGCGAGACUCACAGACAUACAGGUGUGGAUGGAUGCUGGCAACCAAGUCCUCAGCUCCCUCUCUCUGUGUGCUGGAUGUUUACAAGUGCUGGGAAGCUACAACAAGUUCAACAACAACUGCUACAGGGACGCCAUCUACCUUUGCCUGGUGAACGCCGUCACCAGUCUGGUCGCCGGGUUUGCAGUCUUCUCUGUGCUGGGUUUCAUGUCCAGGGAGCUCAACCAGGACAUUUCGGCAGUUGCUGUCUCAGGUCCAGGUCUGGCCUUCAUCACCUACCCAAGUGCCAUCGCUCUGAUGCCUGUUCCUCAGCUCUGGGCGUUGUUGUUCUUCAUCAUGAUCCUCCUGCUUGGCGUGGACAGUCAGUUCGUGUGUUUGGAAGGAUGGGUCACAUCAAUAUCGGAUACGUUUCCGUUCUUUUACACCGGACGCCGGCGUCAGUUCCUUCUGCUCGCAGCAUGUGCUGCAUGUUUCUUCUGCGGCCUCUUCAUGGUCACUGAGGGAGGACUGUACCUGUUACUGCUCUUCGACUAUUAUGGCCCCAACGGGAUGUCACUCAUGCUCUUCGCCGUCAUCGAGUCUGUUUCCAUAGGUUGGGUGUACGGUGCGGACCGCUACUACAAGAAUGUGGAGCAAAUGAUCGGCUACCGUCCCUCGCCGUACAUGAAGUACUGCUGGAAGUUUGUCACUCCGACUCUCUGUACUGUCAUACUCACGCUCUCGCUGAUCCGAUUCACUCCUCUCAAGUACAACAACGUGUACCAGUAUCCGUGGUGGGGUUAUGGUAUCGGUAUCUUUUUGUCAGUGUCCAUCAUCAGCAUCAUCCCAGUCUGGGUGCUUUACGUCCUGAAGGUCUCCACAGGAAGCCUGAGACAGGUGAAGCCUUUCACAUCAAGUGGACAUACACAUGUAUCCACACAGAAACCCAUGGCUGGAUUUGCCAUCCAGACUGUGCUACGGUGGUCAUUAAGUCCUAACUCCUGAGGUCUCAUCCUCCCCACAGAGGCUGAACACACUGAUCCGUCCUGUCGUCCAUGAUGGAGCAUCUCAGAACAAGAGACAGGAAGCUCCUCCCUCAAGCUCUCGUAACUGUGUUCUGUAGAGUUUAGAUGUGAUGGAGCAACGCUGGAAUGAUACG